UAUAAAAGUCACGCAGAGGCUGGAAUUGUAGCUGAGAUCGCAAAAGCUUCCACGAUGAGACUCAUUAUAGCCUUAGCUGCUGUCUGCAUAGUAGUGGUGUCUGCUGUGCCUCCUAAGGAAAAGUUUUUCUUCCUGGACGUUGGCGAGCUGUGUUUGGAGGGAGGCCAGUGCAAGAGUGGAUGUUGUAAGCGGGAAAAUCUGAUUGGCGCGCGCCGCUGUGCUGCUCUCUCCAGCGAGACCCAACUCUGCCAGUACGAUGGCAUCCGGGACGUGUACUACGAGUGUCCGUGCGAGUCGGGCCUCAAGUGCGACGUGGACCGCACCAUCGGUGGCAUCAUCGUCACCAAUGAUAUCGGCGUCUGCAUCGACCCCAACGACCCGUGAGGCAGCAGCAGCAGCAGCGGCAGCUCUUGACUCCACUACAAGGACGAGCACUUGCAACAUUCUCGCAGACCAAGCCGCGUAAUCACCUGCACACGGUUCACAUAUACACACGUCAGCAGCACACGAGACCAGCACAACGAGUGUCCACAUCGAAUGCGAGUGCAACAUUUGCUUUGUGAAAAACGUGCAACACCGUAGCCACGGUGACACCUAGCAGUGAGAUCGAAAACAUGCUGAACGUGACACUGAGUUUUACAGUUAAGAACACUGAAACAAAGUCAGCAGUCAUUGAGUUUUAAUACAUUCAACCAAAGGCACAGAUAGCUUACGAAAUAACACAAAUGGCAACGAUGUUUUGAUUGCCCAAAUAAAUCUCAUACAACAA